CAUUCACAAAACAUGGCCCAUACGAAAAUCAGUCACCAAAGGAAGCGCCUUCACCAGGAACGGCUGUUCACACUGAACGAGGAUUCCCAUGUCUCCUGUAUUUUUCUCGAACACAGAUUAGCUGACAUAACCGCCAUUUGCCAAAUUGCACAAAUCUCGAUUCCAUCCCUCAAAUUCUCACGCCAUCUUCGCAAUAAAGCAGUUCGUUUUGUUUAUUUUUUUCGAAAAGUUUUAAAAUUUCUCAUAUUUUCAUGCGUGUUUUACAAUUCUAGAUUGAACCCAUUUGGUAAAUGUACUUGUAAUUUAAACUUGGUUCAGAAUUUUUAACGUUUAGCAACUUCGUUGAUGCCUGUUUUUAGCGUUUAGGAGGUUCUUUUCUUCUCAAGACUCGACCUUUUCAUUUGUGACACCCAUUUUUUCCUCUCUUUUUCUUUGUUUCAUAUCUUUUUGAUUGAUUUUCUGCCUUCUUUUGUCUUUUAGGAGGCUCUACUCUUCUCAACUCUUGAUUUUUUUUUGUCACGCCUAUUCUUCUUUGUCUCUGUUCCUCAGCUGUUUGAUCAAAUUUUCUAUGCAUAAGUUCUUGAUAAGGACGGAUUAACUGUUGCAUGCAAAGUCUUGAGAUGGCUUUGCUAAAAGGGAGAGCUCUUGUUGGGUUGGCUGUGUUUCUUUUGCUGAACCUUGUGCAAGUUUAUGGGAGAAUUCCGACAACUCUAGAAGGACCAUUUAAGCCAGUGACAGUUGAUUUGGAUAAGAGUUUUAGAGGGAAUGCAAUUGAUUUGCCAGAUACUGAUCAUAGGGUGCAGAAAAAUGUUGUAGGUUUUGAGCCUGAACAAAUUUCAGUCUCCCUUUCUUCAGAUUAUGAUUCAGCUUGGAUUUCAUGGAUUACGGGUGAAUUUCAAAUAGGUGACAACAUCAAACCAUUGAAUCCCAAGACUGUAAAAAGUUUUCUAUACUAUGGGAAAUCAAAUCUGUUCUUGAAUCACAAAAUAAAGGGUGAUUCAUUAAUUUAUAACCAGCUCUAUCCAUUUGAAGGCUUGCAGAACUACACCUCCGGGAUCAUACAUCAUGUCCGACUUACAGGAUUGGAACCCAACACUGAAUAUUAUUAUCGAUGCGGAGAUCCUUCAAUACCAGCAAUGAGUGAUAUCUAUCAAUUCAGGACUAUGCCUGCUUCAGGUCCAAAAAACUACCCUAGCAGAAUAGCAGUGGUGGGAGACCUUGGUCUUACAUACAAUACAACUUCAACUGUUAGCCACUUGAUAAGCAACCAGCCUGAUCUUGUUCUAUUGGUGGGGGAUGUUUGCUACGCCAAUCUGUAUCUGACAAAUGGAACUGGCGCUGAUUGCUAUGCUUGCUCGUUUCCUGAUACACCCAUCCAUGAGACCUAUCAACCUCGUUGGGAUUACUGGGGAAGGUUUAUGCAGCCACUAGUGUCUAAAGUACCACUAAUGGUGGUAGAGGGAAACCAUGAGAUCGAAGAACAAGUUGGGAAUCGGACAUUUGCAGCCUAUAGUUCUCGGUUUGCAUUUCCAUCUAAAGAAAGUGGAUCUUUGUCUACAUUCUACUUUUCAUUCAAUGCGGGAGGGAUACAUUUCAUAAUGCUCGGUGCAUAUAUUGCAUAUAAUAAGUCAGCUGAUCAAUACAAAUGGUUGAAGAGAGAUCUUGCAAAAGUUGACAGAAAAGUCACUCCUUGGCUGGUAGCAACUUGGCAUCCUCCAUGGUACUCAACAUAUGUAGCUCACUAUAGGGAAGCUGAAUGUAUGAGGGUAGAGAUGGAAGAAAUACUGUACAAGUAUGGUGUUGAUAUAGUCUUCAAUGGACAUGUUCAUGCCUACGAGAGAUCAAACAGAGUCUACAACUACACACUGGAUCCCUGUGGGCCUGUAUACAUAGCAGUUGGUGAUGGUGGUAACAGGGAGAAAAUGGCUAUUAAACAUGCUGAUGAACCAGGGAACUGUCCAGACCCAUCCACAACUCCAGACAGCUAUAUGGGUGGAUUUUGUGCUUACAAUUUUACAUCAGGUCCAGCAGCUGGAAAGUUCUGUUGGGAUCGACAGCCAGAUUAUAGUGCAUACAGGGAAAGUAGCUUUGGACAUGGUAUUCUAGAGGUGAAGAAUGAGACACAUGCUCUGUGGACAUGGCACCGGAAUCAGGAUAUGUACAAUGAAGCCGGUGAUCAAAUAUACAUUGUGAGACAACCCGAGAGAUGCCCAGUUGAACCAAAGGUCUCUUCUUCAGUUGAAUUCUAGAUAUUGAAUUCAAUGCCAGAUGAACUCCAAACUUGGAGCAUGUUAAUUCCAAUCUUUGCGCUUCAGUAUUUUGAAGACGGCUUUCAUACUAUUACUAUAUAGGAUGAUAGGAAGAUUAAAAGAAAUUUACAGAGUUAUCCAUGUUACAAUUAAAUGUUGAAGAAGGUCCUCUUCUAGUUUUCUUGCUACGUACUUGAGAGAAAAUGUCUGUGUGUGUGUGUUAUAGGAGUUACGGGUGAAGCAAGAGUUGUAAACAGGCAAAUCAAAGUAUUGAGGUCUCACUUGACUAAGAGAAUAUGAAUUUCCUAUUCUAGUCGUAAUGCACUCUUGAAGAUGAAUUUUGACCCUCAAUAUAGUCUCUUUCAAAAGCACCAGCUUAUAAGUUGGAUUAAUUUUA